AAGGUAAGCUGUUGCCGUGGCGGGCAGGCGCCAUGGCGCUACUGUCGUCAGACGCGAUCACUGUUUUCAUCCCAUCUCGUGCGGCAACAGCAAUUAUCCAGAUCAAGGAAAUCUGAUUUUUCUACGGUUUAGCAGGUGUAAGUCGAUAUUAUUAGUUUGAAAGUCGAUCGCGUUGAAAUCGGUAACGGACAAGUGUGUUCGAAAAAUAUUCAUGGAUAGACAGGAAGUGAAUAGUCGAAGAGAGUUUUCGUGACGAGAGCCAUCUUGACGAGCAUCGGCUUGCUCAUGAUAGACAGAGGACGAGUCUGUGGCGGCGGCGGCAGCGGCAAUGGCAUCGUUUCUAAAUGUUUCUGUAAAUUCUAAACACCCCUGUUAUCUGCAAUUAGAAUAGCUGCAUUUAUCGGUAACGAUCUUUCACGGUGAACCGGUUAUUAUUUCAAGAUCGAAUUAUCUAAAGAAACAUUGUGGAUAGAGAUCCAAAUACUUUAUUAAACAAAAUGGAGGGUGGCGAUGGCCCUUCGGCCAUCAGUAGUAAUCCUACUGCUAUUAAAGCUGCACAAGAAGAGAUGGGAAGGUUAGAUGUUCUUGUGUGUGGACAGUGCCAUUCAGUUUUUCAUUUUAUUGAAGAAUUUCAAGAACAUCGUACAAAAGAAGGCGCUUGUACCCAAAUUUCACAUUUUCGUGAAAAUAGUAAUAAUGAACAAAAAGCACAAGUUUGGGCUUUUCUUUUAUGGAAAGAUUCCCAAAUCCAACAAGAGGGUUCAGAUAGAGACUCAACAAACUCAUGGAAGUUAUAUCAAAAAUGGUGUAAAAUGGAUACGCACAUAAGGGAUUCCUGGAUUGCAGCUGGGAAAACCAUUCAAACAUUUACAAAAAUUAGUAAUGCAAAAAUGCAAGAUGUACCAAGACAGAAUCAAAUAAGUUCUAAUGCAGAAGGAAAACCAGUAGUUGUUCGCAAAGUAAUUAGGAACGGACAACCAGAAGAUGAUAGUAAAAAAGAUAGUAAAAUUUCAGAAGCAAAGAAUCAAAAAAGUAAUGAAUCUUUUGAUGAAGUAGAAAAAAAAGAAAAACCAAAAUUGAAACCUACAAUAAAACUUAAGGCUAAAUCUAAUAAAGCUGGUGAUGAAGAUAGAGAUUCAAGUGAUGAAGAAUAUACAGUAGAAAAGAUAUUAGCAAAACGAUUUAAUCCGAAAAAAAGAUGUUCAGAAUAUUUACUAAAAUGGGAGGGUCUUGGACACGAACAUAAUAGAUGGGAACCUGCUGAGAAUGUAGCCACAUGUAAACAUUUAUUAGAAGAAUUUGAAAGAAAUCUUGCUAAGCAAAAAGAAUUGAAAGCAGCUCAGCAACAGGCAAAUGCAAAAGCAGCAGGCCGGGGUGGUAAUCCUGCUCAAAAAACAAUUAUAAAAACAGAAGCUAAACCUGGACCAAGUACUGCAGCUCAAGUAGGACGACCCAUGCGUUCAAGUAAAUCAAAAGCAAUGGAUCAAGUGAAGCAAUGGUGCGGUUCAAUGAAAGAUGAAGAUAAUGACCUACUAGGGAAAAGGAGAAUGGAUUAUUCCGAGAGCGAUUCUGAGGAUGGAGGCAGUAGCGCUGCUAAACGAGCGAAAGGCGACACAGGUAGUGAUGAAGACUGGACUGGAGAGUCCGACGAGGAAAAAUUGUUGGGUCGAAGCGAUGUGAUUCAACGCGCAUUUAAUCGUGCCAAUGCUCAAUCGAACGGGUCUAACAGAGCAAGUGGUUCGUCUUCAGAUCUUGCGACUUCAUUGGGACUUCAAUCUCCCGAAGGAGCAAAAUCUAACCAACCACCGGUUUUAGUCGCGAAUGCCAAAGGAGUCGUUAAAGUUGAUCCAAAGCAAAUGCCAAACUUAACAUCCGGCGUGUACGUAAUGUCACGGAAAGAUGGCAUCAUCAAGUUGGAUUCGUCCCCUAGCGGAAAAUUGGCUGUAAAAGGUUCGCCGACUACACAAGGUGUUUUGAUGGUUCAAAAUCGAGAUAAUACUAAUGUAGUGAGGAAGCAAGUAAUAUCCGCAUCACAAUCGAAUUCUGUUACACCGGUAAAAGUGGUUUCUAAAAUGGAUGGAAGUCAAGUAGUAACCCAGAUGAAAGUAGUUUCUAAACCUGUUACGAGUAAAGCAGGAGGUACACAGAAAACAGAGCCUAUAAAGAUCCAGCCGAAACCAGAUCCGACACAGUUACCGCAGAUACAUGUCGUGACCGCGGUGCCGGCUCCCAUAACUUUGCAACCAAGAAUAAGUACAGGAAUACGUCCUGGACCUGUUACAGGCCAACGCAGUGCGGACGGUCGUCCUUUGUUACCGAGACCUCCACUGCGUGCGACGACACCAACUAGCGUACUUGGAAUUGGAUCAACAAUUCGCACACCUGUUAGGGCACCAGCCCCGAGACAAGUUCAGUCCCAGCAAACGCGUCAGGUGCUACAAAAACGUACGACAGCUGUAACUACGCAAAGUAACUCGGUGAGUCCUGGAAAUGUUACUCAGAUUAGACCGAAGUUUACGGUGCUUAGUCCACAGCCAAAGCAAGUGGUAAAGUCUGGAACUAGUCCAGUGCAACAGGCUAAACAGUCGCCGAAAACACCAGUUGGUAAGCCACAGUCAUUAUUAUCUCCGCAGCAAAAAUUAUUAAUGGCAAAAAGGAAAGCUCAAGAAGCAGCGGGUAUCGUUAAACCAGGUGGCCGUGGCCUCCUAGCAGCUGCUCGUGCUACUGCCGGCCGAGGUAGAGGGAAAUUGGCUGAAACACCAGCAGCGACCACUCCAGGAAAUAAACUGAAAGAAAGUAAAUUGGCGGAAGGUGAUGGACUUCACAUGGAAUUCCACGAAGUAGGCUCCGAAGAAAGUAGCAGCGAGGGUGAACCAGAACUUCCACCUCCCGAAGCCGAUACCAUUGCUACUACGGAACCUGACAGUCCUCCUAGGCCGUUCACUCUCUGUCCAUUGACGGGACGCAUUAUUGGGCCAGAUGGUGAACCUGUUGAACAACCAGCCGAACCAGAGCCUGAACCUGAACCUACUGGAGCACCAUUGUCUACUAUUAAAACAAAUACAACUACAUCAGAGAGUAUAGACGUCACCGCUGCAACUACCACCACGGAAUUAGUUCUACCUUCCCUUGAUUCUCUUACAGAAGGUGGUGGAAUAAUGAGAGUCGAAAUGAGUCCCGGUGGAACAACAGGUACAAUUGUUCAAACCAGUGAAUCAGCGCAGAUCAAUUUGACAAAUGUAUCCGUUCCUGCACCGGAUCUUCCUUGCUUGGAUGAUACAGCUCCUGCUGUCACUACGCCAACUACAACCACAGCAACACCAUUGACAGAAGCAACCUCAGCCAGUGAAUCCUCUAUUGCAGCGGGAUUAACUACAGCUACAGUUACCUCGACUAGCACAAUAGCAAUAGCUUCUACUGAUGUAACUAAAGCUGAAGAGAAAAUAUCGGAAGAGAGGAAGGUAGCUGAGGAUACAUCGAAUUUAGUAACAAUAACCGGGGAGGAUGGUGUUGUUUACCAAGUGGCUGGCCAAGCUGAAGAUGGUCAAACGUUAUUGGUGACUCGAGACGCUGAUGGCGAACAACAAUGCGUAUAUGUUACCACGGAACAACAAGGAGAUGAUGGAUCCGUAUUAACGUUGGACCAUGCUGUAGCAGAAGCUGUAGCUCAGUUAAUACCUGAUCAAGUAAACCUAGCUUCACAGUUCUAUGUGAAGGAAGGUGGAGCGGAACCUACCGAAAACCCAAUGGUAAUGUCUAUUAUGGACAACACAAAUACAGCAGAUGUGGCAGAGGGACAAGAAGACGGUGAUGGUCAUGGCCAAGUUGUAGCUCAAGUCGUACAAGCAGAAGAACCUACUCCAGGUGGUACCAGAAGAGUAGUUUUACUCUUACCUGAUGGAAACCUGAUGAUGACAGAAGUGACGGAAGAACAAUAUGCUGCACUUGGACUCGGCAAGUGAAGAGACAUUUAAUAUUAAUAUCAUAUGGAAUGAAUAAACGAUGAUGCAUCGAAUAUACAUUUUUCAAUGGAAGUUGUACGCUUAAGGGGUGAUCGUGGGUUGUAUAUAUGUAAGAACGUUCACUUCGUACAGUUGCGAUGGACAAAAUUAUUUACAAUUUUUCCAGCUAAAAUAGAUAAAAUGAGAAAAAGAAAGAAAUAAACACAUAGCUGGUGUACUAAUAAAAAAAAAAAAAAAGAAAAAAGAAAAAAAGAAAAAAAUAACAGGAUCGAAAAUACAGAAAUCUAGAAUUUAGAUUAAUGGAUAAAUAAUUAUGUUUUAGAAAUUCAUGUUUCAGUGUCCUAAAUCCGCCGGAAUUUUAAUUUUUAUUUGUUUAAUUUAUAAAUGCGAAGAAAGAAAAAACGAAAAAAUGCGAAAGGAAACAUAUUGCAUCUUCAAUAAAAACAAUACCAUUAUACGUUUGAACUAAGCAUUGUAUUUGUAGGAUAGUGAAGUAUAAUAUCUGGGGUUUUAUAUUUUCCACACAAUACAAUAACAGGCUUUUAAUAAAGACCUUUAUUCCCCGCAUACAAAGUCCAAGCUUAUAUAGCGCAAUAUAUUUAAUCAAGUUCUAGAAGCGUCGUGAGGAGUGUACCAGUUAUCAAAAAAACAAAUUGGCACUUAAGAGUGUAAAUAUUAUUAUUAAAAAAGAAAAAAAAAAAAAGAAAAAGAAAAAGAAAAGAAAAGAAAAAAAAAAAGAAGGAAGAAAAAAAUCGAAAAUUAAAUUACUCCUAUCGCGAUGAGUUUUUAAAGCUUGAACCUAGUUUGACUCUGUUCUAAUAUCUUCGUAAAUGAUUAACAUAAAUCUAAUAAUUUCCUUUGAUUUGUAGUUCAAAUAAUGUUGAAGAUUAAUACAAAUUUAAUAAACUUGAUAUUAUUAUAAAUUAACUUACGCGAGCACAAGAAAAUAUUUCUUUUUAUCUUAUUCUUUCUCUUUUUAAAAUUUUCUUUUUGCGUUUCAUGGACUGUAUGCUUAUUCUUGAUAGAUUAAAAUAAGUGCACUCUUAUAAAAAAGAAUAAACACAUAACUUUUAAACCUAUAAAGCUUUGACGAGAAAAGAAAAAAAAAAAAGAAAAGAACGAAAAAUACAGUGUUGUUUAAUGGAACAUCACGCGCGUCUCAUUAUUAUCAAGUUCCCAUUCCUUUCCAGGUUGUUCGAUAGUUAUACGUACAAUUAAUCGAAGAUUUAUUUUCUACAAUGCUUAUAAUACAAUGACCGCUUUUAUGAAACAUAUGCUUUUGAGAAAGAAAGGUGUAUUAAUUUUUUAUAUGUUAAGACGAAGAGAUUUAUGUAAAAAUUGAUGGAUUUAUUGUACACGCGAUAUAAUAUGUUGUAGACAUUACAUGACAACAUUAAGUAUCUGUGAGAUCUUUUUCGCUUGUUUGUAUUAUUAGAUUGUACAAAGCGUAAUCUAUAAUGUCAUAAGUACACGUGGAAGAAA